UUGUGUUAUUACCGCGACUUAGGGAUUUGAGGUGCUGAAGCGUUUGACCCGGCAGCCCAGCCCCUUCAUUUUUAUCGUGUAUGCUGACUCAUCAGGACGGCAUAUAAACUCCACAUAUCUUUCGGCUUUUACCUCCGCCUCCGUUCUUUAUGAUGGGACCAGAUGAUCGUCGUCGUCUUGCAAACGGAGCCGUCAAAGACCCGUACAGCCCGGAUGGAUUAUUGAGGACUCGGGCAAUGGUAGCAGUAUAGGCAAACCAUGGAUAUUUCACAGCUUCCUAACAUAGAUAACCUGCUGGUCACAGCGGACAAUCCACCCCGCGCCGACUUAUUAGGCGUAGGGCUGGACCACGCAAGAUGUGCAGCUCUCCAUAACUACCUGGUUUACUACGCCUGGCUCGCCGAAGGCCGUCUAGUGGCUAGUCUACAUAAUAACGCCAAUACGUUCUUCACAGCUCACGGCGCCGAAGCUGAAGCUCUCCGUCCAGGUCUACAUCCGUCAUUAACAGCUUUCCUCGAAACUGCAUUGUUACCCCCAACCUACGGUACCGAGGUUAUACCAUUCUUUUUCUGGGCCAACCAACUCUCAGACCCAGAUAACCUGAUCGACGACCAGAUGGCCGAUCUAUCCGACCAACCACCGGGUAGUCUUGUGAAUUUGUACCUAUCUAACACGGGCCAAGGCGGCGAGGCCGGUGGUGGGUUGUUUUAUCACCAGGGUCAUCAUAAAGUAGCGGUUUUUAUGCAUAUGGAUGAUUACGACUUCGCGUUGCCUGUUGAGAAGCAUCCUGAGUUAUGGCAUCCACUAGAGACGGUGCUGUCGAAUUGGAUUGAACAGAUUCGGGUUGGGAAGAUUACGGCUUCGCCUGCUGAGACGCCGCCGGUGUUUGUUGGGGAGAAGGUUGGGAAUUGGGAGUGGAUGCCGUAUGGGGAGGGACAGGUUGAGAGUUGUUUGAGGGCUUGGGAGGGGUUGUGUGAGACCGUCGAGGCGCGGAUGCCGAACGGUGGUAAUAAUGUCGUUACGAGUAAUGAGGUUGAACAUGAACCGGAACCACUGCUCGCGCCAGCUGCUUUAGAUGCGGCGUUGGUACUUAAACCUUCCUUUGCACAUGCUUUCUUAUCCCGUGCCCGCCGUCCGCGGUUUCGCUAUAUUGCGCCGGGACUUACUUUGCCUCCGGCGGAUGUAUCCACGUUCGCGGCUUCUCAGCCUUUCACUAGACUCCUGCGGGACCCUAGUGUCGUACCACCGGUCCGCCUCUUCCCUUCGGCAAGGCCGGAUCUUACAGUGGAUUUAUCCGGGUGGUCUAGUCCCUUCCACGGAAACUUCCGCUCCAUGUCCGCCGACUCACUCGCCCCAUCCCAGAUUUCUGUCGGCGUGUAUAGCGAAUCCAUCGAUAGAGCUGCUCUCGAUAGCGCCGAGGAGGGAUUCCGUUUAGUAUUGCCAUUCGGCUUACAAGGGCCCGACGGCUUUGAACCAAGUGAUGCUGAUCCGGGCGCGCGGAAAAGUGACGGAUCAGGUGUUAAGAGGGGGUCAUGUACGGAUUUGUUCCAGCAUGGGUAUAAGCCGUUUGGAGGUGAUUACUAUCGCCCGCAACGACUGGAGCGGUUGUUAGAGCAUUGGACGAAGAUGGUUGAGAGAGGUGUUUGGAUGGUUGGGGAGGAUGGGGUAUUGGGGGAUAUUGAGAUGUUUAGGGGGGCGGAUGGAGAGGGGUGGAGGGAUUAUGUCAUUGAGCCGAGUUGGUAAUAUUAGAAGGCGCCUCUAUUCUCGAUAUCACUUUAGCUGUGGUAUAUCGUCGAUGCGAAGUGUCAACGGAUGAGACGCAUUCAGCGUUCGACCAGUGCUACCUAUCGUGUAGGUUAUCCAGGACUAGCACUAGCCUGUUUCGAUAACAGUGGCACAACCUAUACGACGAAAAUCUGGAGUUGAUGCAACGUCUAUGAUUUCCGAGGUAAUCCGACCGAUAGGCACUACUCGCGCGAAUAUGAUACAGACGGUGGUAAACCAUUGACCAACGGCGAACACGAUAUUCCUGAACUUGGACACUUAUAUGAGCACCU